AUGGAGCGCUCUGAUUGCCUGAUCCCCAGAUGGGACGAGAACAGAACUGAAUUUGACAAGUUCGAGCUCAACUUCAAAGGAUGGUGCUACCUUAGACCCGACAAGGUUUACUCCGCCACGACAAUUCUCGCCAACUACUUCAUAGAUGCAACCUGGACUCCGAGUGUCGACUGGGAGAUCACCGUUCAGGAACCCACCCCUGAGACGCCAAUUUCGCCCCUGCCUGGUCGAGAAGGCCUGGCCUAUGUGGCCCUCAACCUUCUCUUUACAACCACCGACGGCGGCUCCGAAAAGCUCGCAAGCGAGAGCAAUUGCCGCUCAUACUUCAACGAGCUAUCGAAACAGCUUAUAUGGCCCUGUCUUGAUGCAUCUCGCAACAAGAUUCAGAUUGACUUUGUGACGUGGAAGUUGGAACCCAGUUGGGGCUAUUCCACUGCCUUCUCACGGUACUGGCUCAAGGGUUGGUCGCAUAAGCCCACCCAGCAGCAGAUGGAGCUCCCAGCUUACAACAUCAGUUACGUUCUGCGCGAUCUCACCAACCUCAAGGGCCUUCGUAAAGGGGAUACUUGUCACGAUUCUUGUCCCAAGGGGGCCGUGGUGGAGUGCACCAAGCACCUCUUGCGCCAGGCUCAGCAAGAGCUCGCCGAGGUCCGCAAAACUGCCAGCGGCGCAUUGAGGCAGCCGUUUGGUGCAGAGGAAGAGGAGAACGUGGAGGCUCUGAUUGAGGAGAACAUCCGUCAUGCAGUUGCCACCAACAACUCAAUUAGAGCCAUCCUCAACAUUCUGAAUCGGAAUGUUGGCCUGGGCCGCAGCCGCUUUUUCUUCAUGCGGAUCCUCCGUCGAAUCCUCAACCGGCCCAAGUACUUGAACAUGGUCAUAACCGACAAGACCUUCGGGAGCAAGAAAGAGUCCAUGUCUGGUGAUGUUAAUUUCUUCGAAUGCAUAGCCAGGACUAUGGCUGGCCACAUUCGUUUGAGGAGUGCCGCUACUCGUCACAAGCUCCGAGGCCAUGUUCAAGAGGCCGUCUCGGGAACCCUUGAGGAAACACAACUUGUCAGCUACUUUGGCCUGGUGGCUGCGAAGGUCGGUCAGCAGGCUCAUCAUGAUGCCGCUCUCGACAAAGUCGGCCAGCAUUACUUCGACGCAUUUUGGGAUGUUGAAGCGGAUAUCGAGGCCCUUAUUCAGAUUCUGGACAAUGAGUAUGCCGCGAAUGGCGAGAAAAUGUUCAGAAAGAAGAGAAAGGCUGUCCCGAAGGGCACACCCAGGUGUCUGUUGGAAAAGGCUGCUCUGAAUGAGAAGCUGGACAAGCUGGAGAACGACUCGGACUCGGAGCUGGAGAUGGACGAGGAGUACGAUGAGAAGUACUGA